UCAUCUAGUCAAACCCCCAGCAACGCAGGAACCACAGCUAAAGGAUCCCUGACAAAUGGCCCUCCAACCUCUGCUUUAAAAAGAGACUGCCACCUUCCGAGGUAGUCAGGCUGCCCACGGCAGGAAACCGAGAACCGGGCUAAACUAGGCCUGAUCUGGAGAGGUGAUUUUGUUGCCUUCUUAACAUUUCUAGGCCGAGAGAGGGAGAAGAUGGCUGCCGUGGGAAGUGGCGCCGCGAUGUCCUUAGGCCUUCACUACCAGCCAGCGCUUGAGCAAGGACCUCGGCCCGGAGAGGGAACAGGCGAGGAGGAAGACGACGCAGCAGGCCCCAAACCUGACAAGGACGUCAACAAAAGAGCCAGGAAAACCGUUCCGGCCAGCAUGGCGGCGGAGCUCCUGCGAUGGCCGGCCUCGCAGCUAGUGAAGCAGGAGCCAGGCGAUGGGAUCCCGCAGGGCUGGGACGGUCCCUGGCAGGAGUUCCUGAAGGCGGUUCAGUCCCCGCACCCGGGCUGGGGCAACCCGCAGCUGCCCGCGGCAUGGGAGGAGAGCAGCAAGGCCUUUGAGGGAGCCGCCGAUGCCUGGAUGUGGCCCCGAGGGGACUGGGCAGCCCGGCCGUUCUCGGGAGAGCCGCAGCCAGCCCCCCAGCACCCUCCGGAAGGCAGAGACAGGGGCGACGGAGCCAGCGGGAAGUUAAAAGCCGAGAGCUUGAGGCCGGGCCUGGUCAGCGCAGAGUCCCAGCGCCGGCGCUUCCGGCAGUUCGGCUACCGGGAGGCCGAGGGUCCCCGCGAGGUCUGCGUCCGGCUGCGGGAACUGUGCCGCCAGUGGCUGGAGCCCGAGCGGCACACCAAGGAGCAGAUCCUGGAGCUGCUGAUCUUGGAGCAGUUCCUGACCAUCCUGCCUCCAGAGAUCCAGAGCUGGGUGAGGGAGUGGGGGCCGGAGACCUGCGCCCAGGCGGUGGCCCUGGCUGAGGGCUUCCUGAGGAGGCCCCGGGACCCCAAGAGGUGGGAGCAGCAGAUCUCAAAGCCUUUUCAGGAAAUGCCCAAGGCAGAGCAGGCUCCAUCAGACGCGGGGCUGUGGCAGCUGUACAGGGAGGCAAAGCAGGACAGCGAUGGCAGCUCAAUGGCAGGCGAUGGGUGGGUGAGCGAGAAUGAUGAGGAGAAACCUCGGCUGAGAUGUUCCGAGAAAACUGGGCCUUCCGGGUCGUACGGAGAGAACCCUUUCCUAUGUCCUGAGCAGUUGGGCUCCUUUGAAAACCAACACAAAUCAGAGAAUCCACACAACGUCCCCUUGGGAGACGGGGAGUGCAAACCGGGGGCCUGUCCGGGAGUCGUCCCGAAACUUGGCGACCUGGCGGCUCAGGAGAGGAUCCACAAGGACCGGAGGAGGAAAGUGUGCACUGAGUGCGGGAAAGCGUUUGGCCGGAGCUCUGACCUCCUUAAACACCGGAGAACCCACACGGGGGAAAAACCUUUCCAGUGCCUCCACUGCGGGAGAAGCUUCAGCGACCGCUCCAACCUCAUCGCACACCGGAGAAUCCACGCAGAGAAGAAGCUGUACCAGUGCUUGGACUGCGGCAAGAGCUUCUGCCAGAACUCGUACCUGGUCCGCCACCGGAGGACCCACACGGGCGAGAAGCCCUACAAGUGCUCGUACUGCGGCAAAGGGUUCAGCGACAGCUCCAACCUGGUGGUGCACAAGAGGACCCAUACAGCGAGCGACAAGCCCUACCGCUGUCCGGAUUGCGGGCGGAAGUUCAGCGAGCCCUCGCUUCUAGGCCGCCACCAGCGGAUGCACGCCAAGGAGAGGCCGUACAACUGCUCGGACUGCGGGAAGACGUUCCGCCACCGCUCGGAUCUGGUCCGCCACCGGAGGACCCACACGGGGGAGAAGCCCUUCAAGUGCCUGGACUGCGGCAAGGGCUUCAGCCAGAGGUCUCACUGCAGCACCCACGAGAGGCGGCACACGAGGCAGAAACUGUACCCGCAGCACUUGGAGGGGGGGAAAGGCUUCGGCCCGGCCGAGAUCGGACUUCCCGCGAAGGAGGAAGCCGCCGAAGCGGCUCAAAGGAUCGCUACCCAGAAGGACGUGAGGGUGGGGCAUAUGUGUGUGCUUCUCCACACCGAGUGGGGUUACUUAUAUGAUGGGCGCAGAGUGUUCCAUGCAGGCUUCCUAGAGUGGCUACUCUGCGAUGAUGUCAUCUUGAGCAAGGUGCCGCCUCCUUACGAGUGCGAGCUGGCGCUGAAGCUCCUCCCGCACUCGGAGCAUUUGUACGGCUUCUCCCCGGUGUGGAUGCGCUGGUGCCUUACGAGGUGCGAGCUCAUCCGGAAGUUCUUCCCGCAGCUUGGGCAGACCGUGGAUUUCUGGCUGAAGCUCUUCCCGCACUCGCGGCACGGGAACGGCUUCUCCCCGGUGUGCGUCCGCAUGUGGGUCACGAGGUUGGAGCUGGCGCAGAACCUCUUCUCGCAGUGGGAGUUCUGGUUGAAGCCUUUCCCGCAGGUCAAGCAUUUGUACGGCUUCUCCCCCGUGUGGAUUCUCUGGUGGCGGAUAAUGUCGGAGCUCACACUGAAGCUCUUACCGCACUCGGAGCAUUUAAAAAACUCGAGAGUUCCUUCCGGUUGGAAUGCUCGCAGCAGCUGCACAGCAGGAGAUGAAUGGAGGCCGCGUGGAAACAGCUUCUUUUCUCUCGUUUCUAGUCACUGGAGGCUCGGCGACCCUCAAUUAAAAUCUGGAGAGAGGCGAAGAGACCUUGGGAGGCCGCCCUGCAGUAGCGAAGUUGCCGCGAUGUCUGCUGAUCAGGGAGCGCUGCCAGAUUUGGGUGCCACGUUCCCAGCCAAGCUGGAUCGGGCUGUGCCGUCGGUGACAGAGGAGGACAUGGAAGAGAGGGAGGAGGAGGAAGAAGAGGAGGCGGGACCAGCAGACUCCAUGGCGUGGGCAGAAGGAAAUGAUGGUCCCGGUGUCACCCAGGCUGGCAAUGUUGGGGAUUAUUUUCCGAGUUUGCCAGGCCAGCGUGUUAAACACAAACCAGGGCUGUUUGUGGAUGUGGAGUCACAGUGGCGGGAGCUGCCAAGGGCAACAGACUCCCAGAGCUCUGAUGAGAGGUGCCCGCAGGCAUUGGACUCUCCACACCAGAAGAAUACCCAGACUUCACCCUCCAUCAAACUGGAGACUUCACCCUCCAUCAAACUGGAGACAGAAGCCACUGAGUGCCCCACAGAAGAGUGGGAGACCCAAACCCAGCCUGGCCUUGGCAGGGAGUCCCAAGAGGACCCCCCGAGCGUGGAUCCCUCUGGGCCCCUGCAGAAAGAAGGGACCCUGGACGAGGACGCGGUCAUUUCGGAGAUCCAGCGCCAGCGCUUCCGGCAGUUUUGCUACCGGGAGGCGGAGGGGCCCCAAGAGGCCUGCAGCCGGCUGUGGUUCCUCUGCUGCCGGUGGCUGAAGCCGGAGAGGCACACCAAGGAGCAGAUCCUGGAGCUGGUGAUCCUGGAGCAGUUCCUGGCCGUCCUGCCGCCGGAGGUGCAGAGCUGGGUCAUGGAGGGCUGCCCAAAGAGCUGUGCCCAGGCGGUGGCCCUGGCGGAGGGGUUUCGGCAGAGGAAGAGGAUGCCCGAACAGCUGGAGGAGCAGGUGGGGGUGCCGGCAAAAGAGAGAGGCCUGGAUUUCGCUGCGGCAGAAGAGGCUCUGCUGGACUGCGACCCGAACCGGGCUUUUGGGGAGGGUGACACUGUUGCUGCCAGCUCACUGGCAGGCGAGGAGCCGGUGACCCCCAAAGAGCGAGAUCGGCCAGAGCGUUCCGAUGACGAAGACGAAAGAAGUGGGGUUGUGACGGGCAGCCUGGAAGAGGAGGGGGAGCCCCGGUGUGUUAAGCUUGAAGAGGCCUCUGGAAGUUGGCCGGGGCCCAAGGAGCAUCAAGGAAGUUCCCCAGGGGGGGAGCCCGUUCCUCCUCACGAGAGGGACGAGUCGCUCGGUGAAACCGUGAGCCAGCCGAGGAUCCGCACGGUGAAGAACGAGGACGCCGGCGCCAAGGACGCCGGCGGCUUCCCGGACAACUCGAGCAUUAUCGAGUUCAAGAUGACACGCACGGGUGACAUGCCUUACAAGUGCCUGGACUGCGGGAAGAGCUUCAAUUACAGCACCAGCCUCGUCCGGCACCAGAGGAUCCACACGGGGGAGAAGCCGUACAAGUGCUUGGACUGCGGCAAGUGUUUCUGCCAGAGCUCGGGCCUCACGAUCCACCAGAGGAUCCACGCCGGGGAGAAGGCCUACCAGUGCCUGGACUGCGGGAAGAGCUUCCGGGUCAAGUCUCACCUCGUCCGGCACUCCAUCAUCCACAAGGGAGAGAAGCCGUACAAGUGCUUGGAGUGCGGCGUCGGCUUCUGCGAGAGGUCGGAGCUACGGAUCCACCAGAGGAUCCACACGGGGGAGAAGCCGUACAACUGCGCCGACUGCGGGAAGAACUUCUGCCGGAAGGCGGACCUCACCCUUCACCAGAGGAUCCACACCGGGGAAAUGCCGUACACGUGCCUGGAGUGCGGGAAAGGAUUCCGCUGGAGCUCGAACCUCAUCACGCACCAGAAGACGCACUCCGGGGUGAAGCCUUUCGAGUGCGCCGAGUGCGGGAAGAGCUACUAUUCCAACAUGAGCCUUAUCCGGCACCAGAGGGUCCACACGGGGGGAACCCCGUACAUAUGCUCGGACUGCGGGAAAAGCUUCUGCGACAGCACCAGCCUCACCAGGCACCAGAAGAUCCACACGGGGGAGAAGCCCUAUGUCUGCCUCGAUUGCGGGAAGAGCUUCAACCGGAACUCCAACCUUAUCUCUCACCAGAGAACCCACACGGGGGUCAAGCCGUUUCUGUGCGCGGACUGCGGGAAAAACUUCAGGUCCAAGUCGGAACUGCACAGGCACUACACGGUCCAUGCGGAGAGAAGGGGGAGAGGAGCACGUCCGGCGGGGAUCCCGAGGUUCUUCCUCGCGAGAAACCCACAGCGAACGGGAUGUUAGAAUCGAAUAGAGGAG